ACAGUGUCGCCACAUGUAGUGUGUCCAGGGAUACCAACUUUUCCUUAAAGUAGGGGUAUAUAACCAUUCAAGUCAAUUUUAUUUUUUAAGUGAUACAAACACCGCAAACAAACAAAACAUAGAUUCAGCUCCGUACUUGACUGUUUAUCGAUUCCUCUUCGUCAGAUUCAAUUCAGUGUUAUUGCUUUGUGAAGGAGUUGCAGACUUGCAGUUAAUCUAACUAACUGGUAUUGAAUUUGCAAUAAGGAAUAUGGAGGGUGGUUCAAGUAAGAUUCACAACAGUGGUCAAAUAGCAAGUGUAGGUCAAGAACAAGACAUGAUCAACAACAAGCUACCUGAAUUGCUUAUAAAUCGCAUUUUGUCUUUACUCCCAACAAAAGAUGCUGUUCGAACUUGUGUGUUGUCCAAAAGAUGGAUGAAUCGCUGGACAUCCAUCACCCAAUUAGACAUAAAUGAUAGUGAUUUAUCAUAUAAUUACAAUCCAAUCUGCUCUUAUUGCCAAAACAUUUGCAUCGAUUAUUGCUAUGAGUAUGAUAAGUAUAAUAUGACUAUUUGUAGUGAGUGUCAUUUUCACUACAACCAUCAACUCACAAUGCAAGAUGCAAAUAUAUAUAAAAGACAUGUGGAUAUAGAUCAAGAGAGUGGGAUGAAAAUAGAAUCAGGUAAAAAAGAGCAGCGAUUUGUAAAUUUUGUGGCCAGAGUACUUCUUCUUACUUGUAAAUCAAGAAGCAUGGUACUAGAAAGGUUUUCUUUAGUGAUCAAUAACAAGCGUGAUGUAUCCCUACAAAAUACUUGGAUCUCUAGCAUCUUGAGUGGGAGAGUGAAAAAUCUUCGGAUUCAUUCAUAUUUUUAUAAACUCCCCUUCUCUCCUCUUACAUCUGAUUAUCUUUUCAACUGCACCUCAUUAGAAGAAUUGGAAUUGGUACUCCAUGUGUUCUCCACCAUAAAAGUUCCCACCAUCUCCAUUCAUUUUGAACACCUAAAAUUCCUCAAGUUGUCUGGGAUCUUUUUUAACAUCGACUCCUCCAGUGACUGUAUGACCCUUUGUUUACCACUUCUCAAAAAAUUUGAUUUUAAAAACUGCAAUUGGUCUAGUGGAAAGGAUCUUAUUGUACAAGCUCCUCUGCUUGAAAUUGUUUCCAUAGAACAAGACAUUGAAUUUUAUAAUGUGAUAUCUCAUCAUGACCCGCCUAUCCUAUCAAUGAAAUUCAAUGCUUUAAAUCUCAAAGAAUUCACCUACUCUGGCUGUGGUAUUGCACAACUAAUUCAUCUGUUCGAUCACAAUUUUGUGUCUUUUGAUUCUGCUGAAAUCACUUUGAUAAAGUGUAGGCAGACAAUUCUUGCAACAAAAUGCCUUCCUUUUCUACUUCUCCUUUUCCAACAAUUCCAUCAACUGAAAUCUAUCAAAUUUGAGCGGUUUGUCUUGGAUUUGGAGGUGCUACUGACAAAGGCUAAUAUACCAGUAUUUUCAUUGUUGAGCAAUUUGGAACUUGGCUUAGUUACUGUUGAACUUCUUAUGGACUUGCUUCACAAGUCACCAAUGCUCAAGACAUUAGUUCUCAAGGGAUUACAUAAUUUUGACAAAGAGUUUCUCAGUUCUGCUGGUGUGCCACAUUGUUUGAUCUCUUCUCUCCAAAUUGUGAAAUUUGAGAAAGUUAAUGGUGACAAGCAUGAAAUAUUUUUAGCCAAAUAUUUUAUUGAAAAUGGUAUGAUGAUGGAAGAGUUGGGUUUCUCCAUUGCUAGUCAAAGGCCAGACAAAUCUAAGGUUGUAGAAGAAUUUAAGGAGAUGGUGUAUCCAUUUAAGAAAAGGUCUCUCUUUAUCUAUUGUUUUUCAAAUUGAUUAGGUUACAGAACCUAGCUCUGAAGUUUAUUAUCUAAGUCCAUUGUUUUUUGUCGACCAAGUUAGAGGCAACAAAGGUUUCAAUAGUACUUAUUACCUUUUAGGAAAUUAUUGAGAAUAGUUCAUUUUCAAGGUUCAAGGGAUAUUGAAGAUAGAAAAGACUAUGGUAUUCAAUGCACUACUUGUGUUGUAUGAUUUUA